CCCGCUUUCUCUUCUCAGCCUGCCGGUGCCUUGCUGCAACUCUCUGCCGCCUUGUAGCGUGGCGAUGCCCAGCUCGUUGCUCGCUGGAGCCUCGUUGUGCACCAGCGUGGUGUGCGUGACCUCAGGGGAUCUAUGUUUCAAACCACGCUU